AACGAGCAAAGCACUAUCGUCUUACACUUGACAGCCAUACCUAAUGGCCAUGCUUUCAGGUAGACCCUCUGCGGAUGCCAGCACAUCGGAGGCCACGAAGAAAGACUUGGUACUUUUUAGAGAUGUCAAGGCGGUCAAGUCGGGCCAAAUUCAUCGGUUUCAAAUCAACUAUACGCCUACCACGGAAGACAAGGUGGUGCUGCUAACAAAGAAUCUUUGGGUCAAGGUCAAAAACACCGAACCACUUCCUAUGCGAGCAGCAUUUAUUGCCGGUCCGUACUUACUCUAUGUGGACUGCCGGUCCGAGGACUACGAUAUCAAUAAAAAAUGCUUUAUCACCGCUGACCAACCGACUUUUGAACCACAAUUGCAACCAGGAAACUCGUUUUAUGCUGAGCUUUCAUGCCAUACCAUCAAGGAUACGUACCGGUGGACGGUGGACGUGGUAUCGCAAAUGAUCUUCAACAACAAUGUGGAAAUCAAUUUUGAGAUUAUGGUGGGAACUUCUAGACAAGUGCUACACGAGGCGAGUCUUCCCGACAAGCAUGUAGAAAACCGUGAUAGAAUCGGAACGUUUGUUUCACUGCAAACCCUUGAGGUCAGCGAUUUGGACAUUUACGAUUUGUGGAAUCUACCAAUUCCCAAUCCACAAAAACCCAUCCACCUUGUGAUACUCACGCACGGAUUACACUCUAAUGUGAGUGCAGAUAUGUUUUAUUUGAAAGAACAGAUCGACUCGUGCAACAGCGACUCAGCCAGUGAGAACUUCGUGGUGAAAGGAUUCUUUGGAAACAUCUGCAAGACUGAACGAGGAAUCAAGUAUCUAGGGAGUCGAGUUGCCGAGUAUAUCAUUGAUUUGAUCCAGAAUAAUGAGCCCCUCAGCAAAGGGAACGUCACCAAGAUCUCGUUUGUUGGACACCUGUUGGGAGGAUUGGUGCAGACGUUUACAAUUGCAUAUUUACAGGUGAAUUUCCCCUGGUUUUUCCAGAGGAUCAAGCCCAUUAACUUCAUCACCAUCGCAUCACCAAUGUUAGGUGCCAGUAACGAAAACCCGAUUUACGUCAAUUUGGCAUUGCUGGCAGGAAUCGUUGGAAAGACUGGGCAGGAAUUGAGCUUGCGAUUCACGGAGGAUGUCUCGAAACCUCUUUUAUUGCUACUUCCUCAAGGCCCAACUCAUACGGUCCUCAAGAGAUUUGUGAGAAGAACCUUAUAUUCGAAUGUGGCUAAUGAUGGAGUGGUGCCCUUGAGAACUUCGGCUCUAUUGUAUUUGGACCAUGAAGGCUUGGGUACGAUACUUUCAAAAAAAUCGAUGUCUUCUCAUAACAUCGACGAGUCAAAAGUAGAUAAGAUUCCAGAUGACGAUUGUGUUGGAGACAACAACUUAUCUUUCUUACCCCAACCGGUUCAAGUGAUGUUGCUGAAGUUUAUGCCCCAAAAACAGCACAAGACUACUGAAGUGGUAGAUGACAAGGACGAAGUGGAUGAUCCCCAGUCUUCGAACACAAAGAAUAUAUUGAAACGGAUUGAAGGCCUACACAGAUCGUCUGUUUUGGAAACAGCUCAAUCUCUUUUACUACCACCUUUGCCUCCAACUAGUUACAUUGUGAACCCAGACGAAAGAGAAAAUGCCAUUAUUUACGACAAGGUUUACCAUGAAGAUGACCUUCCUCCAAGAGACUCCACUGAAGAAGCCUCGAAAAGACUUGGAGCCGAAGUUGUUAAUGUCAAUGAAGUGAAAGCCAAUGACUCUCAAGUCACCACCUUCAGAAAGCGUUUGAUGAGUAGUUUCGACUUACAAGAGUUUGAACGAAUCGAAGAGGAAAUUGCUCGUGAGUACCAUAAAGAUAUGAGCUGGAGAAAAGUUCUUGUACGACUCAACCCUGACGCCCACAACAACAUCAUUGUUCGAAGAAGGUUUGCUAAUGCCUAUGGGUGGCCUGUAAUGGAGCAUUUGAUCAACAACCACUUCACUAUCGAUGCAAUGAAAGAGCAGGAAGCGGUUUCUCAUCGAUGGAAUCUCAACGGGAUUGGAAUGUGGGAUAGCGAAACACCAGGUGAAGGCUUUGAGCUUGUGGAUCUACUCUCUCGAGAUCUCAUCAAAAAGGAAAAUAAGGAUAUAGAGGAGACAGGCCCGAAAAACGACCACCAAUGGAUAAACACCAAAGACAACGAGUCCUUCUUCUCGGUGGGACCUGCCAGUUUGAUCAGUGAUGUCGGAGAGAUGGUGGGAAACUUGAGAGACCAGUGGUAUACCAAUCAGAAUACUAGACUUGCUGUUCAGGAAGAGGUGGAAGUGUGUCAGCCAGCCGAUGAGCCUCCGCAAGUGAUGGGGGACUUUUUAUAGAAUUAGGAUGUAUUGCCUAUAUUACAGGAUAUAAUGUACAGGUUAUUUAUUGUGAUUGCUGCUCUUGUUGUUGGUCUUCUUCAUCGUUCUCCGGGAGUGGAAACAACUCGUUGAUCUUAUCGAUGAGCAGGUUGACAGAAUCCUCGUUCAAUCUCUGAUCACACUCCUCGAUCACCGCGUGCACAUGGACCAUUGAUCGAGGAAGUGAGUUCAUUAUCUGAAGCUUUUCGAUCUUCACCAAAUCAUACUGGUUCAAAAAAACCAUCAACUGUUUGAAUUUGUCGGGCGACUCGAUUUGAGAACAUGCUCUGUCUUCCAAAAAAGAUAUGAUCUCCUUGGAAACGAUCUCCAACUCCAACCCACCGUGCUUACUUUUCUUCUUAUCCUUCGGGUUUUGGGUGGCCUUGAGAUGUUCAAGCACCUCGUAGUCCGAUAAAAACUUGUCUCUUUCAAUCAACACCUUCAUGCUAAACUGUGCUCAUCUC